GGGGUCCUCGGCCGGCAGGGGCGGGGUCGGGGACCUGGGCCAGGAGCCUGGGAGCUCGGCUGGAAGCUACGGCUGCCCCUUCGGGAGGGGCGAGGGGCUGUUCGGAAGAAGGUGGGGGGCCUCGGCCGGCAGGGAAGAGAUGCUUCGACCCAGAGUUGGGGCCUGGUCGUACAGGUUGGGAAGGGGUUCUGCAGGGAGAGGCGGGGCCUGGGCGCGGAGGCUGAGGGGUGUGGGCCUGGAGGAGGGGGAUGUCCAGUCCUUUAGGAAGGAAGAGCUCGGCUGGAGGGGAGGCCGGCUUUGGUCUGGAGGUAUCGGGCGAAUGGUGCUGGCACGUGCCUCUCAGAAACUCGGAUCCCUCUGCGCCCCGGGGCCAGCCUAAUUGAUCCAGCUAUUAAGGUGGAGAGACCGCAUGUACCUCCCUCCUUUACCCACAAAUAAAACGACCUUAGAGACUUCUCUUCGCAGAUUGUCAGAACGUUCUACAUAGAUGUGGAUGAAAGACCCCAGAAGGAAGGAGCAACAAACGUCAAAAACAAAACCAUGGCUGUAAACUCUGCUGGGUUUGUUACAUGGAUUCUUUUCAGAAUUUGGCUAAUGACUGAAAAUCUAAGUUCCAGCUCAACUAGUAUAUGAUUCCUCUGUAAGGAAGUGUAUUUUUAAACCAUAGGUUGCAACAUAAUAAUGGGUUGUGGAUUCGGUUUACGGCGUGGUGACCAGCGUAAAACACAUGCAUAAUAUUUGCGCAAUAUUAUAGAAUGUCGGGGGCGGGAAGGGAAGAGAAUAAAAAUUUGCAUCCCACACAGUAAGGGUAAGUAUUAUUUUGUGACUUGUUUUUUAGGUAGAUCAUGUGAUCAAGGUAUUUUAUUCCUCUUAGAAGAUGCAUCCCUAACUAUUUUAAUCCAGUCUGCCCCACCAUGUCCUUGAAAGUGUACUGUACCAGUGGCUUCCUUCUUUGCAGAAAUUCCUUUUCAACCUCACCAAGUAUUUUUCUUGACUUUAUUUCUUAAGAUAAGUGAUUUGCCUGAAUAACCUCUUUUAAAUUUCUUGAUGUUUCAUUUGUUUGCUUUUAAGACUUGAAAUUUUCUUCCAGAAUCUCCGAACAAGACCCUAAGCUGUGCCAUCCACUUCAAUGACUAUUCGUCUCCCAGACAUAGGCACGCUUUUAAUAAAUAUGUAGAUCUUUGGACCAGCUUCCAAGUACGGUCCUUGAUUAUCGGCGAGUCACUGAGGUUCCGAGAGGGGUGUCUCGGCUAAGGCAAACAGCGACCCAGCCGCUUCCCGCUGUCUGACCUCCGCCAAGGUGACGCGGCUUAAAGUCAACCGGCGGAAGGGGAGUGGAACGGAACGCGUGCGUGGGAGCGCGCAUGCGCGUACGUGCGUGUGCGCGUGCGCGUGCGCUCGAGAGCGUCAUCGUCUAGGACGGUGUUAUCUCUGUUUCAGGAAUGUGUUUCUGAUCAUCUGAAUCUUAAUCAUGUCCAACUGCCUGCAAGAUUUCCUGAAAAUUACAAGCACUCAUCUUCUAUGUUCAAGAUUAUGCCAACAGUUAACAAGAAGUAAAAGGAAGUUUUUCGGAACUGUGCCAAUAUCCGGAUUGCAUAGGCGAGUUGUCAUUACAGGCAUUGGCUUAGUGACUCCUCUUGGUGUUGGAACUCACCUGGUUUGGGAUCGUCUUAUCGGAGGAAAGAGUGGAAUUGUUCCACUGGUUGGUGAAGAGUAUAAGAGUAUCCCUUGCAGUGUUGCUGCUUAUGUGCCAAGAGGUAGUGAUGAAGGUCAGUUCAAUGAACAAAACUUUGUGUCCAAAUCAGAUAUCAAGUCCAUGUCUUCUCCCACCAUCAUGGCCAUUGGGGCUGCAGAAUUAGCCAUGAAGGAUUCUGGCUGGCAUCCUCAGUCAGAAGCUGAUCAAGUGGCUACUGGUGUUGCAAUUGGCAUGGGAAUGAUUCCUCUUGAAGUUGUUUCUGAAACUGCUUUGAAUUUUCAGACAAAAGGUUACAAUAAAGUUAGCCCGUUUUUUGUCCCUAAGAUUCUGGUCAAUCUGGCAGCAGGCCAGGUCAGCAUUCGAUAUAAACUCAAGGGCCCAAAUCAUGCAGUAUCCACAGCCUGUACCACAGGAGCUCAUGCUGUGGGAGACUCUUUUAGAUUUAUAGCCCAUGGUGAUGCUGAUGUGAUGGUGGCUGGAGGUACAGAUUCUUGUAUUAGCCCCUUAUCUCUUGCUGGGUUUUCCAGAGCCCGGGCUCUGAGCACAAACUCAGAUCCCAAGUUGGCAUGUCGACCAUUUCAUCCAAAGAGAGAUGGUUUUGUAAUGGGAGAAGGUGCAGCUGUGCUGGUGCUGGAAGAAUAUGAACAUGCUGUUCAAAGAAGAGCCCGGAUCUAUGCAGAAGUUUUGGGCUAUGGACUCUCAGGUGAUGCUGGUCACAUAACUGCCCCUGAUCCUGAAGGAGAAGGUGCCUUAAGGUGUAUGGCUGCUGCUUUAAAAGAUGCAGGUGUACAGCCUGAAGAGAUAUCCUAUAUCAAUGCACAUGCUACUUCCACACCAUUGGGAGAUGCUGCUGAAAACAAAGCUAUCAAACAUCUCUUCAAAGACCAUGCAUAUGCCCUUGCAGUUUCCUCAACUAAGGGAGCAACAGGACAUCUGCUGGGAGCUGCAGGGGCGGUCGAGGCAGCUUUUACCACAUUAGCUUGUUAUUAUCAAAAACUACCACCUACUUUAAACCUGGAUUGUACAGAACCAGAAUUUGAUCUCAACUAUGUUCCACUAAAGGCACAGGAAUGGAAAACUGAGAAAAGAUUUAUUGGCCUCACCAAUUCCUUUGGUUUUGGUGGUACUAAUGCAACACUUUGUAUUGCUGGACUGUAGAACAAAUCAUUUGUAAUUAAAUACUGAUUUUUAAAUGUUA